AUGAAACAGAAUAAUUAUAUUGUGAAGGACAUAAAUUAUGAAAAAGUCAAAUAACCUCUUUAUGAUUUUCAAAAAUUUCAUCAAUUAGUAAUUUUCAAUAUUAUUUAACAUUAGAAUUCUAAAUAAUAGAACAUACUUCAUAAACCUAAAGAUAAAUAGGCUACAAUUAAAACUGUUUCUAAAUUUUAUAACUAACAAGCCUUUUUAGAAUAAUAAAAGGUUAAUCAACAUCUUCUACUUUAAAUUGUUUAACAAUCAAAAACACCAUCAUAGCAUGUAUUAUUUAAAAAAGAAUAACCUAAAAUAAAUUUUGAUCCAAAAAGUAUGAAUGAAUAAAAUACUUAUAAACUUAUUAAAAUUAAUAGUUAACCUUAAGUCAAUGAUAGUAAAAAAUAAGAAAAAGAUAAUAGAAAAUAUAUAAGUGAAGUAGUUUUAAUGUAAAAAUAUCAUACUACACGAUUGAUUGAGCAAUAAGAUUAAAAGACCUUUACCAUUCUAAAUAAAUUGACAAAUAAUAAAUUUAAUAAAAGCAGAUAUUGUAAUCUCAACUUUCUAUAAUCAAUUAAUAAACAAUCCAAAUUCAUAAUAUUUAUAAUACAAAAAAUGGAUUUAUUUGGUGUUAAACACACUUCUUCCUUUAUUGGAAAAAAUCCACCAACUUAUUAAUGCUCAUUUUAUUCUGAUCACAAAUUAUUAUAUAAAAGUAAACCUGUUGAAUAUAAUGAAUUUCUUGAAUCUAUUAUAGGAUUUCAUUGUUAAGAAUUUAUAUCCAUAUAUGUAGUGAUUGAAAAAAUUAAACAAAAUUAAGAAGUAAUAAUAUUCAUUAUUUAUAAUUAGUUUUAAGUAGGAGAAGUUAUUUAUAUUGAAAGUUAUUCUCAUAUUACAACUACAUCCCUGAAAGAGAAUAUUAUAAUUAAAGUUAGUGAUGAAAUAGAUAGUGAAAUAAAGAAGACUAUAUCUGAUGAAUAAGUUACAGUUGGGAAACUUAAAUAUAAAGUAUUGUAAUUAUGUCAAUAAAAUAAUUAAAACAAAUUGUAAGUUCCCUAAGCUAUUUAUGCAAUAUAAAUUUAACAUUUAACUCCUCGACAUUCUAUAACAUAGACUGAAGAUAAUGCUUCUUUAUAAUUAAAAUGA